AUGAUUAGAGGAAUUAAUAGAUUUUCAGGAUGUUUUGUUCGUUCAAUUGGUAACAAUUCAAAUCAACAACAACAAACUUAUAGAGGUAUUAUUAGUGUUGCAAAAACCACAACAACAUCAUCAUUUCAAAGAAGAUCACCAUUUUCAAUUUUUAAUGAAAAUUCAGUAAUGACAUUAAGAGCUAAAAAGAGUGGUGGUGGUGGUGGUGGUAAAAGCAAUAGUAAAGAUGAUGAAGUUUUCACACCAUGGAAACAAGUUGAUAUUAGUUCAGUUAGUAGUCAAGGUGAUAAAACUAUAGAAUACGUUUCAAGAGAAUUAGGUAAUAUUCGUUUUGGUCGUGUUGGUCCAGAAUUAUUAGAACGUAUUAAUGUUGAAACUCCAAGUGGUAAUUUACUAUUACCACAUAUGGCAAUGAUUACUAUUAAAGAUUCUUUAACUUUAAAUAUUACAUUAUAUGAUAGUUCUUUACUUAGUAAUGUAGAAAGAGCAUUAACAAACUCUGGAUUAGGAUUAAAUCCUCAAACAUUUGAUACAACAAUUAGAGUAUCAUUACCAAAACCAACUCAAGAUUUAAGACAAAAAUUAAUUAAACAAGUAAAUACAAUCUCUGAAGAUGCAAAAGUUUCAAUUAGAAGACACAGAAAAGAUGGUAUGGAUAUUUUAAAACGUUACAAACUUACAAAAGAUGAUGAAAAGACCCUUGAAAAAAAUAUUCAAAAAAUUACUGAUGAUUAUAUAAAAUCAAUUACAAAAAUAACUGAAACAAAAUUAAAAGAAAUUAAUAGUAAUUAA